AUGGAUCCCAUCCGACAGCCUUCACAUUGGCUGCGACGGUACGGAGACUCUCACCAUUACCGAUGGCGACGCGACCCAGCGGCGGGGACGGGCACCGACGCCUUCUGCCGACCUCUCGGCUGCACCGAAUUCGGCUUCGACGGCGAUGGGAGAUAUUUCGAGGGCCGGGCCGACCUGAACUGUCUCCUCGAAGUCGCGAUCCACUCCAAACUGAGCCCGGUGGACUUGAGGGAGAGGAUUCUGCUGGCGUGGACGCGAGUCCGAUGUUGGCAUUCGCUUUUGAGAGCUCGCACUUUUUUUGGGAAGCAGCGUGACGACGGUGACGACGACGACGAAAAAAGGGAUGAUGUAUGGUUCCUGGUGGAUGUCACGGAGAGUGUGGGCAGAGCGAUCGAGUCUGCGGGCGACUUUCUCAUUUUCCUCGAGGAUCAUUUCGGCCCGCGAGUGGAUGAGGGGGAGUUCUGGAUGCAUUGUCAGAACACCGCGCGGGUCAUCGACCCCGACGCGGCGCUGGCGAAGUGCUUUGUUCUGCCCGUUGACAUUGACGGGAAGAAUAUCUUGCGGUUCCAGCUCGUGCUUGCGCAUCAGAUUGCGGAUGGGCUUAGUGGUGGGUUCCUCCAAAACUUUCACUCCCAAGCGAUGGGGGAUGGUCUACGUACGUUUUUCACUGAUACGCUGGAAAAGCAUGGGUCUGGAUGCGAGACUUUGUCCAAGCGUUGAACGAAUCUGAGGCAGUCCUGCGCCAAGGCAUCGCGGAUUGCAUUGAUCCGCAUCACAUGCAGCGGCACCUGCCACUGCCGCAGGAAGCACUCUAUCCCCAGAUACCUGGAAGCGUGGCCCGGCAGAGGUGGUUCUGGGCCAUCACUCGAAUCCUUCGCCAUGUCCGGAAGCAACUUCCUACGGGCUUCGAGAAUCCCCUCAAGCGUCCCAGGCCGGCGAGAGUCGAGCGGCUACCGCCCAAGUACCAUCCCGUCCUGGAAUACAGCAGGCUGCCGGUGCUAAACACAUACCCCGUCUACGUCGACCUGCCCCUGGCGGGCAUGCGUCGCCUGCAGAACCUCUGCAGACAAGCCAAAGCCAGCGUCGGAGCGGGCAUCUACGCCCUCGCCGCCGUCGUGAUGAUGGAAUUCGAAGAAGAGCUGCACCCACGGGCGGCGGCAGAACGCAAAGCCUUCAUCUCCGGCUUCCCGCUCAACCCGCGCGCCUUCUUCAACCACCACAGCGAUCCGGACUCCAUGAUGCUGGCCUUCUCCGACGGCAUCGCCCUCCCCUUCCUCCCCGCCUCGCUCCCCCUGCACGGCCGCAUCCGCCUCCUGGCCCGCCAGGCGCAACGCCAACUAGCCACCUACCAGAAACGCCAGAAGCCCGAGGGCCACGAUGCGACGCGCCAAUGCCUCCAUUCCCGCGGCGCCGACCUGGUGCUGCCGAAUCAGUACCUCCUCAGCCUCGAACGCGCUGCUUCCAUCCUCCCACCCCACCUCCAAACCCACCUGGAUGCCCAAGGAGCCUAUCCCCCGAAGAGGAAUCCGACCAUGCAGACGCACGGGGUGAGUUCCGUGGGCAAUCGGGAGCAUCUCCUCCGGUCGGGCAUCUACGACCUGGACGAUCCGCAGAGGGAUUUCGCGGCGGACUUUCGAGAUCUCAAGUCAGGUGUUCGAGCCAGAGAGGGCGAGUUCUUGUUGGGCAUCUUGGGAUCGAAUCGCGGUUUGUCCGCCUGUCCCAGCGUGGAUGGCACGACGCUUGACCCAGAGCUGGUAGAGAAAUGGCGCCAUCGAUUUGUAACGAUUCUAGACGAAAUCAGUGACGACGGUGGAGAACCAAAGUUGUAA